AUGCUCAUCAUCCAUGGACUGUUUGGGUCUAAGAAAAAUUUUGAUUCCUUGGCAAAAGUAUUUUCCAACAAAGCUGCACUUCAAGCAAGUUAUAUGAUAGUGAUCUCCAUAGAUUCUCGUAACCAUGGUGACAGUGGUCACAACAACAACAUGACAUAUCCGGCAAUGUCUGAUGAUGUCAUCAAACUGUUGGAUGAUUUGAAGUUAAGUGGGGGAGUGGUUGUCAUGGGGCACAGCAUGGGAGGCAAGAUUGCCAUGACAAUGGCAUUAAACAAUCCCUCCAUGUUGUCAGGCUUGAUAGUUGUGGACAUGGUGCCUGGCCGGUCAGUGACAGCAGACACGGACUUUUUCCCGAAGAUGUUGCAGAAGAUGAGGGAGAUCAACUUUGAUGCAACUCCAGAUAUUUCAAUCGUGCAAGCAAGGAAGGAGGCUAACAAGCAACUAUCUACAGCCGUGCAGGAUGCCAGGAUCCGGGACUUCCUGCUAACCAACCUGGUAGUGAAGGAUGGUAGAGUGACAUGGAGACUCAACCUUCAAUCCAUUCACGAUCAUUAUCAAGAUCUCAUGACUUUUCAAGAGUUUCAAGGCCGGACAUAUAAUGGUAGAACGUUAUUCAUUGGCGGAAGUCUCUCCAGUAUGCUUAGUGAGAAACACCAUCCAAUGAUCAAGCAGUUCUUCCCAUCGGCAGAAAUUAUUAAACUAUCGGGAGCAGGACACUGGGUGCAUGCCGACGACCCGUACAAUUUCGCCAGCAAGGUCAUCCAGUUCGUCAAAACUUUAAUUUUUCACAAGAGACAGGGACCUGAUUUUUAA